UUUUCAGUCGAUAGCAUAUAAGCCAUUUACGUCUCUCUCCGCCUACCAUAUCCCCACCACCAUCACCGCCACCACGAGGCCAAGAUGAUGGCCAAAUUCAUUAGAGGAGGAAACGCGGUUCCCCCAUUUUGGCGGAUCUAUAUUUCGUCGCACCGCCUCAUUCUCUGCGACUCCUCUCAAAAUUUCCAUUAACAAUGUCUCUCAGCAUUAGGCUCCACAUCAGUUCCAACCUCAGCCUCAACUUCCACCCCCAAACCACAAUCAGAAGAACCAACCACUCUACUUCAAUCCGACCCAGACCCAUUUACCAUUCGACCUUAGCCCCUGCUCUUCUUCGCCGCGCCAUGUCUGCGAUUCCUUCACAUAAAUCUUCUUCUUCUUCUACAAUCAAGAGCUCUCUGAUUGAGCCGGAUGGCGGUGCUUUGGUGGAUCGGGUGGUGCCUGAGAGCGAGCGGGCCGCGAAGGCUCUGGAGGCGGAAUCAAUGCCGAAGGUGGGGCUGACCCAGAUCGAUUUGGAAUGGGUUCAUGUGAUUAGCGAGGGAUGGGCAAGUCCGCUGAAAGGGUUCAUGAGGGAAGAUGAGUAUUUACAGAGCUUGCAUUUCAAUUGUAUCAGGAUGAAGGAUGGGACUAUUGUGAACAUGUCGCUUCCCAUUGUUUUGGCUAUUGAUGAUGAGGCCAAGGAGCGAAUCGGGGCAUCGCAAGACGUGGGGUUGGUUGGCCCCACUGGUGACUUGGUUGGUAUACUUCGAAGCAUUGAAAUAUACAAGCAUAACAAAGAAGAAAGAGUUGCCAGAACAUGGGGAACAACUGCUCCAGGAUUACCUUAUGUUGAAGAGGUAAUUACUCCAGCUGGAAAUUGGCUCAUCGGUGGAGAUCUGGAAGUGUUGAAGCCCAUCAAAUAUAAUGAUGGUCUUGACCACUAUAGGCUGUCACCCCAACAACUCCGUAAAGAAUUUGAUAAGCGGCAGGCCGAUGCAGUUUUUGCUUUUCAGCUGAGGAACCCUGUCCAUAAUGGGCAUGCUUUGUUAAUGAAUGACACACGCAGGCGACUUUUGGAAAUGGGAUACAAGAAUCCUAUAUUAUUGCUUCAUCCUCUUGGAGGUUACACAAAGGCAGACGACGUGCCCUUGGAUGUUCGAAUGGAACAACAUAGCAAGGUCCUAGAAGAUGGAGUCCUUGAUCCUGAAACUACCAUUGUGGCUAUAUUCCCAUCACCUAUGCAUUAUGCAGGCCCAACUGAAGUACAGUGGCAUGCCAAGGGACGGAUAAAUGCAGGUGCUAAUUUCUAUAUUGUAGGUCGUGAUCCUGCUGGUAUGGGUCACCCAACAGAGAAGAGGGAUUUGUAUGACCCUGACCAUGGGAAAAAGGUGUUAAGCAUGGCUCCUGGCUUGGAGAAGCUAAAUAUUCUGCCAUUCAGGGUUGCAGCAUAUGACACAGUGGGAAAGAAGAUGGCCUUUUUUGAUCCUUCACGUGCUAAGGAUUUUCUCUUCAUUUCAGGAACCAAGAUGCGGACUUAUGCAAGAAACGGUGAGAACCCUCCUGAUGGUUUUAUGUGCCCCCAGGGAUGGAAUGUCCUUGUCAGAUACUAUGAGAGUUUGCAAGCAGAAGAUGCCACACAGCAAUCAGCUGUUGUAUCUGCUUAGAUUUCUAAAUUUCAACCAUCCUUUGCUGUGGUUGAUUCAGGCAGGAGUGUAGUGUAGUAUGAACCAUGAAAGCGGGACACAAUUCAAGGAUCAUUUGUCAACUAGCAGAUUGAAAUUGGGCAUGCACAUUGUGAUUGUAUGUGGGCCUCUUCUAUUGGACUCCUGGUGAUCAGACCGCACUUUUUCAACUAGAUUGUGCUUGAUAUGCAGGUAGAAUAUUGAUUUAUUUGUUAAUUAUUGUUAAAAGAGGAUCAACCCAAUAAGAAAGCACAUUUGGUGCCUGCUGUGGCAAUGAACAGAUGACAGGGAUAAAUGAAUUUUACAUAACUCAAAUUUAUCUUUGUGGAUUUCUGCCCUUUCAUCUCAACCUGUUCUUCUGUAUUGAGUUCUCUUUUUUGGGUUGUUUGAGAGGGUAUUGAGGUUGGUUUGUAUUGAAUGCUUUGAAUUCUAAUUUGUGUGGAAUAUAUUUAGAAUGAUUCUCUGUUGAGGUA